AUGCCGGGUACGCUCACGGGGGCUGGGCUCCGCGGCGCCGUCGAGGCUGCCCGAGGAGCCCUCCUCGCGGCUCACGCCGCCUCCGGCCUGGCUGCUGGGCGGUCCCCCUCGGGGACCCGCCUGCUGCGCGCUGCGGAGGGCCUGCUGCGCGCGGCGAUCGCUGACCUCGUCGGCGACUCCGCGAAGCAGGCCGCGCUGGUGGAGGCGCAGCUGAGCUGGGCCGCGCUGCGCCGUGCGCGGCGGCGGCUGGACGUGUCGCGGAGCUGCCUGUUCUGCCUGCGGAUUACGCUCCGCCCAGGGCUGGCCCCCAGCCCAGGCGGCCGCGGCGCCGAGCGCGGCCUGGCCGCGCCUCAGAGGAGCAGGCGCGCGGGGGCCGCCGCCUCGGGAGCGGGCGAGCACGGUGCAGCGGCUGCGGCGUCGGACGCCGCGCCGCCCAUGGCAGUGGGCGCUGGGAGCGAGGCCACGGAGCGUGCUGACCUCAUGCGGCGCCUCACCAUGAAGCUCGGGCCCGUCGACGAGACCGCCCCCUUCGCUCGCAACGCGACGAUCGAGCAGCUGCGGGUCUUCGCGUCGUUCAGCGAGGCGGCGGGGUGA